AUGCGUUCCUUCAGUUAUGUGUAUCAUGUGACCAUGACAUCAUCCUGCCCGGCGAUCCAUUGGUGGCGCCAAAUCAGAAGAGGCUAGGAGACCACGGGAGGUUCUUGAGGAUGCAGGUUGAAAGUUGACCUUGGGAAAGAGACACACCAACGCACGUAUCAGACUUCAGUCAUUCCCCCGAGAUCCCCACUUGAAAGACCUAGAGAACCUCUCCCUUCAAACAUCCAAAGUCCACACAGGUCUUUAGGGGAAGAUUCUGACAAUAUGGUGAGAGAAAACGAGGUUCUAUUAUAGACUCAACUCCCAUGGGCGGAAAUUGGUGGGAGGAUAUGAAGCAGGUCUUCUGAUUGGCCAAUUACAGCAGCAUCUUCCUGCAGUAAUGUGGCAGUUGUUGUGAGGGUGGUUACACAGUGUCUAUCCCCCUGUAUUUACACCAGCUAUGAUGCCCAAGCAGCCCCCGCCCGAUGGUCUGAGCCCGGCGUGGCUGGCUGCCACAACAUUAUCGCCAGAGGAACUCGCCGCGGUCACAAGGAAAUUAGGCGUCGGUAUCACACCAGGAGACGGCAAGCUGCCCGAAACAUCUCAGCGUGGCCGGGACAGGAGUCAGGGGCGGAGGGCGGAGAGGAGAGGGGGACUGGAGAGAGGACAAGAAGGGGUGUAGCCCCCAGGGGCCCCCAUGGCAGUGAUGGUGGUGGCUGUGGUUGGGGGUGUGGCCGCAGGAGUAUUCUUCUUACUGCUGAUUGGAGCUGCCGUCUACUUCCUUUUAAAGAAGAGGCGUGUUCAGGGGCAGUAUCGGGAGCUGUUCCCCAGCUUGCCUGCUUUCCCAACAUGCACCUCUCCAGUCCUUUUGGGAGUGCAUUCUUCUGGUUACAGCCAGGGAGACAUCCCCUUCUUCCUACCCCCAUGCUGCAGUAGCAGGCCCCAAGGCGGUCUGGAGGAAGAGGGUCCAGAGGAAGAAGACCAUGGAGGUCUGCGUUACCAUCGUGGAUCCCUCAGCAUUGGAGCCUCCUUCCCCAUGGGCAGUCUCAGGCCUGACCUGUACCACAUCCCAGAGGAGCCGGGUGACUGGGCGCCCCCUUGCGGGAGCACGCCGCGCCUGCAGUUCAGCGUGCAGUUCCGGCGGGAGAGGGAGGAGCUCCUGGUGUCCCCGCUCCGUGCCGCCAGCCUACCGCCGCACUGCCGGUCCAACGCCGCGCUGGUCAAACUGCAGCUUCUCCCCGACGACCGGCGCCGGAGACAGGCCAAGGCGAGACGCAAAGGACGGAACCCGCAGUUUAACGACAGCUUCAUCUUCCAGGUGUCCAGUAAGAGCCUAUGUGAGGCCACUCUGUCCCUGUCAGUGUUCAGUGUUAAUCGGCAGAAGAAACACCAGCUGGAGGGCAGGGUGCUGUUUCCCCUGAGUGAGCUGGACCUCGGGGGGGAAGAGGGGAGGGUGGUGUGGAGGGAUCUGGAGACAGACAACGGAGAGUUUGCCUCACAGCAGGGCGAUCUCCAGGUGUCUCUGAACUACAGUGUGCCUCUGCAGCGCCUCACGGUGGUGGUGCUGAGAGCACGCGGGCUCCAGACUUCCAGUGACACAGGUGUGUGCGUCCAGGUCACCCUACAGCUCCGCACUCAGGUUGUGAAGAGUAAGAAGUCAGCAGUGGUGAGAGGCGGAGCAAACCCCACCUUCAACAAGCACCUGACCUUCAGGCUCCGCCCCCCACAACUAGACGAGUCCUGCCUCUGUCUGGAGCUACUGCAGACAACACCAGGAGACCCGCGAUCCCUAGGUCAGGUGGUGAUUGGACCCUUCAUGUAUGCCCGUGGCCGAGAACUGGACCACUGGGAUGAGAUGGUCAGCAAGCCCCAGGAGCUGGUCAAGCAGUGGCACUGCCUUGGGCGUGUCCCGGAAACGCAAGUCCCGCCCUGAACAAGGGCCCAGCGAAUGAGAUGGCACAUAGUGCAGUCUAAUGCUUGGCUGAAGCACAAUGCUAAAUAAAUUUGAAGUCAUUCCAUGUUUGACAUCUCUUAGAAACCAGUUAACCCUUUUUUCUGUAUUGAUACUGUAUGAUUUUUUGGGAUUAA